AUGGCCUCUGGGUAUCUACAGCCCGAUUAUCCAUCAGACUCAUUUCGCAUCAGGCGGAAGCCGGUGUCGAACCCGAACUUACGAGCUACGUAUGCCGAUCAGCGGGAGGCAGCUGCAAGCUCCCCAUCGCUCGUGCUCCCAUCACAGCCCCCAUCUUACAGCGAUCUCUAUGGACCAGCCCCAAUUUCCAGGUCCCCAAGUCCUGGGCCAAUCCCGAGGCCUCGCACAGCAGGUCCAACGGCAUCGCCAGCCCCUCCACCGCCGACACCUGUCCAAAAGGCAUAUGGUGAAGCUCGACAUUUCCUCGGUGGCCUCAUCAAUCACCCAACAGAAUCAAAUAAACACGUGACCAUCUUGCGACACUCUCAUGGGUUAGUAUUUUACCGUGGGAAUACGACAUCUGUUACGAUAUCAAUAUUCUCUGAUGCCCCCUUGCCACUUGACCGUACCCUCUGGCUACAGAGUAAAGGGUGGUCGGGCAAGACUGGCAUGCGAGCCAAAUCCUUACUUCGUCUACGAGAUGACUGGGUUGAUGUCACUCCGGGAAUGCCAUUACGAGCGGACCAGGUGAAUCCGGAUGAUGAGCGCGCCUGGCAGCGCGACAUCAAGAAGUUCAAAAAGAAGGCACCAUCUCGGCCGCGUGAUACACAUCAUCUACGCGAAACCGCGGUUGUUCGCAUUCCUGCUGAAGGAGGAGAUGGGUAUUUCCAGCUUGUACUCUGUCAGGGGCCGAAGAAGAAAGUGCUCGGCAACAGUCCCGUGUUCCGAGUGCUCUCUACAUCCACCAGCCCCAGCUCCAUUCGAGGUGCAAGUUUGAGUACACUGCCCCUUGAGGUUGGAGCACUGGUACUUAGCCUAUAUGCUCAAACUGCUGCCCGAACUGUUGCGUCUCCGGCCGCAGUUGCCAUUCAAGCCAAGGUGCAGGCCACGGUCGAUCCGUUUCGUCCCUCCUGGGUGACCAAAGCUGCAGCCCAAAAGAUUUAUACAAAAAGUGGUGCCCAGGACCGUGUGGGUGGUAUUGUGAAUGGCUCUAAUGGCCCUAUUGGACGAUCUCAGACAAGCCUUGUGGCACCGCAAGUCAUUGAGAACAAUCCUUUUUGUAUCGAAGCCGGCCCCCAGCCGCCAUUCCCGAUGAUAUUCAAAUCUCGCUGUCAGCCUGGUCAGAUUUCGUCUCUCGACCCCGGUGAGUUACCGAAAUUGGCAUUGACCAAAAUGCCCGACUGGGUUGUGGAACAGCUACGGGGCUACUUCUUCGGUUGGGCUCGAUUUGAGGCUUCAUCUAAGGAACCAGCAGGUCCAUGGUGUCCUGCUAUCCUCUCCGUCCGGGCAUUGGAUCCUCUGCAGGCUGCCCGGGUAAAUCUAGCCCAGAUUGCGAAACGUGUAGUCGCAUUGCGCCUUCUUGAAGAGGUUCCUCUCCAGUCCGCCAAAGUCGAGGUUCGCGUGAUGGGAUACCUGCGCGCUGAGAUCCCUCCACCUACGGGGAGCACCAGUCAACAGCUUGCAGAAGCGCAAGCGGCAGCGGCAGAGGCGGCCGUGCUCGCUGAUGUAUAUGAUGCGUCUGUUGUGCAGGAUACUUUGUGCCACCCUGCAUGGGCAUCAGAAAAGCCAGAUGUGCACGGUUUUCAACGUCAAAACGCUGGUUGGGUUGAUCGAACCCUGGAGGCUUACGGCAAUAUACAAACUCGGGGACAGAAACUCGUGGAACAGGUGCCAUUGCAUCGACUCGGCGUACGUUCCGCCGUUGAUGUGAUCAGGGAAAGCCAAGUGGCCGUGAAUGGGUUCUUUAUCGUUCGGUAA